AAAACAUUCCCCAGCAAAGAUUUACAUUUCUCAUCUGCGUCUCUGCCUCCCAUUUCGUUGAACCCACACAAUCUUCAAUUCGCAAUUCAUGCCAAAUUCGAGCAUGUGGUUCCUACUCCCAGACCCUCAGAUCCUGAAACACGGUCCCAUCCAACUGGGAACCGUGCUCGAGAAGCCCUUUCGACCAAGCACCAUCCUCGCCUAUCCAGGAGACGGACUGCCCGAAUACAUCCGACUACCACGCAAGAAAUGCGUCAUCGAAGGGUAUCACGAACGCGAAUACACGAAAGGACACAACACCCCGGAUGGAAUCAAAGUGGAUCACGAGGUGUGGACAUUCGACGGCAAAAUUGAGGACGAAUCCCUAAGGGAUAUCCUGGCACUACCCAGGGUGAAGGCGUACAGGGAGAAGACUCAGAAAUCGGUCUUCAUUAUCACCACCGUCCGGAUCACCAAUACCCCAUUUCUGCUGGGUUUGAAUCACGAGCCAGAGGGGUCGGAUCAGGAUUCUGUCCCCGAAACUGAGUCAACUUAUUCUGCCCCCGAAACCGAGUCAACUGAUUCUAACUCCUAUACUGGGUCGAUUACUACUGCCCCAAAUAGCCCAGAAGCAGUCGAUUUGACCGAACACUUGAAAUGUCUAUGUACAGGCGAGCAUCCGUUUGACAUGUUUGUAUUUCCGCCUGGCCUUGUGUUUACGUAUCGCGUCCAUAUCAUCCGGUCUCGGGGUUCGGAGGUUGAGUGUGCUGAGGUUAAAGGACCCUAAUCAGUCUUUGAGGCUUCAGUAUUGCAGUGUUGAGACGAUGAUUGGUUAGGUGCCGCCUGCGUUUCCAAUGCCCACCUCCAGCUAUCGCAUUAAAGUUUGUGUUUAUAUCGUCCUUGCUUGCGC